CGCGGUCAGCGCUGGCGCCGCUGGAAAGUUUGCGGCGGGGCCGGGAUGGACGCGCUCAAAUCGGCGGGGAGAGCGCUGCUCCGGAGCCCCAGCGGGCACAAACCCUCCUGGGCCGGCGGCCGGCACAAGAAGCUCCCGGAGAACUGGACAGACACCCGUGAGACGCUGCUGGAGGGGAUGCUCUUCAGCCUCAAGUACAUGGGCAUGACGCUGGUGGAGCAGCCCAAGGGAGAGGAGCUCUCUGCAGCUGCUGUCAAAAGGAUCGUCGCCACGGCAAAAGCAAGUGGAAAGAAACUGCAAAAAGUGACUCUGAAAGUCUCACCCAGAGGGAUUGUGUUAAACGACAGUGGAACAAAUGAGCUGAUCGAGAAUGUCUCCAUAUACAGGAUAUCCUACUGCACAGCAGACAAGAUCCACGAUAAAGUGUUUGCCUACAUUGCCCAGAACCAGCUCAAUGAGAACCUGGAGUGCCAUGCCUUCCUCUGUACCAAACGGAAAAUGGCGCAAGCGGUCACCCUCACCGUAGCCCAGGCCUUCAAAAUUGCGUUUGAGUUCUGGCAAGCGGCUAAGGAAGAGAAGGAGAAGCGAGAAAAGUCCAUCUUGGAAGGAGAAGGGACAAGCAGCCCCAGCUCGGAAGCCCACGUCUGUCCAGACACGUCGGCUACGGGGAAUUUGCUGGAUUUAGAAGAUCCUGCCAAAUCACCCCUGACCAGCAGGACAGGCUCCCCAUGCUUGGAUAACAGCACUUUUGGGCCCAGCUCUUCUGUAAAUAACAACGUGGUGUGGGAAAUGGAUGAUGGUCUCGACGAGGCAUUUUCAAGACUGGCUCAGUCGAGAACAAACCCUUAUGUCCUCGACACAGGACUGACAGCUCAAGACAUCCAGAGCGCAGAAACACUCUCACCUGUAGACUGGAAUAAAAUAGAUUCCAACACAGGCGAGAAAGAUGAUCUGUUCAUGUUUUGAGGUCAAGUGCAUCUAACAGCUGACGAGAGAAUAACCACUAAAAGUCCAUGGACUGAAUCAUGCCGUUCCGGGUGCUGUGCCCAGGGGACUCUCUUCAGGGCUCUUCACCAAGCCAGGUGAUGUUACAGCACAGUUUAGACCAAAGCUUUAGAAAUGUAACACAGAUUUUUGUACCUUGCUUUUAUUGAAACCACAAGAUGCUCUUGAAUAUAUUUAUUCACAGCCGUUACAGUUUACAUGUAUUAUUGGAAAGCGUGGAGAGCAUCUACAGUAUUAGGUGGCAAUAGACCACGAAAGAACCUUCAGCAGUGCCUGUUUCUCUCUGAAAAAGACUAUGCCACACCAAAGUCUCUCUGUAUAUACUGCUCUAGACAAAGGUCUGCAGAUGCAAAUGCAAUUGCAAGCACAACUGUUACUAAUCCACCGUUUCUUGAACACCACGUCGCCUGCCGAGGCGAGGGGAGGAGAUUUGCAGCAGCUGCUAACAGUGUCAAAAUCAAAGAGGUAGCAGAGAUCUUGCUUUUGUUGUGAAUGUCUGUGAUACUCUCACAGUUGUCAAUCACCCCGAUGCGUUCUGGCUGUUUCUCUGCCAGCUCCGUAUGGGAAUUGACACUUUUUAACCCAAAGACUCUAUGAAGUUUUGCACUUUAUAACUUGAACAGAAAGCAAUGGCCCGAGUUGUCGAGGGAAGCAGUGCCUGUAACUUCUCUUCCAGAAGCUAUUUACCCCGCAAUGCUGCAGGUCUGUUUCAGAACUGACUACUCACGUGCACCGUUUCUGAUGCGACUCGAAAUGCUGCGGCUCCGUUGCACUGUUGGCUUGAAAAGCAAAACCACCGUGGAGGAACAAUUUGUUUUGCUAAAGCGUGUUGAAAGUUGCAGGUUGGGUGAACCCAGCAGCACAAUAGAUCUGUGUUCUUGGCUCUGCUAAGUGGAUUUGGCUGUGCAUGCCUUUUUACUGUCUCAGAACCAUUUGGUCGUUGCUCACUCAAUAGACUCAAAUGGAAUUGGAUUAGGCAAGGCCAAUACCUGGGUGUUCAAUUAGCAAGAGGUGCCCCUUCCAGCUCUACUCCGAUCCUCUUCCCCUCCGACUGCCACAUCUCCCAUGAGGCUCAGAAAGCUUCAUCUGCUCCUGGAAUUGAAAAUAAGUAAUGGAAGAAUAAAGCUUAUGCUAAUUAAAAGAUUAAGUUUAAUGAUCCUAAAUAGUCGCACUGACAGUUUGCAGUGUUUGUGGCCUUAUGUGAAGUAUACUAAUCUGUUUUAUAGAUUUGUAACUUGGGUUUGAAACACUAAUUCAUUCCCCAGAUAGCUCUUUAUAACUCUCUUAAAACUGCUUGCAGGGAAAAAAAAAACCCUCUUUGUCAGCUGUAAGAAUUUAUUAGGAAACAGCUGAGUGACUCUGACUUAGAUUUGACGUUUUUUAUGCCCAAGUGGUGUUGUGAGAAGGUAUCGAGGACCUGUGAAGCUGACUCAUCAUGUCUCUUAAUAAAAUGUGUGCUCUGUUUAUCCUGCAAAAUUGUGUUUAAAGCAGUUUUACAUCCUGAAACUGCUCUGCCCAUCGCUUAUUUGAGCAUCACGUGUGGCAAUGUCUUGCAAUUAAAGGAACUGUGGUUGCCCCAUCCCUGAAGGUGUUCCAGGCCAGGUUGGAUGGGGCUCGGAGCCCCUGAUCCAGAGGGAGGUGUUUGAGGGCUUUGAGGUCCCUUCCAACCCAAACCAUUCCAUGAUUCAUUCAGUUUGUUGGUGCUACAGAGGCACACGGUAGAGAUGUGAACCUAUUGCAUACGCAAUGCCAAAACAAAGUGGUUGUAUCAAAGCGCCUUGUCCUGACCCUGGGGAGUGGGGAUUUUCCUAGGAAAGAGCUUGAGCUGCAGGAAUGGACCGUGAGGAUUCUCUGUACAGUGAUUUUUCUCCUCUUCUGGACACUCUAGGAGCACAUCCUGAGAUGCACAGUACUAGACGUGUGUGUAUAUAGUUUUUUUAAGAAAACCUUCUGCUGUAAAGAAUAUCCAUACUGAAGAAAAUAAAACUUCUACCAUUCUUUGGAGUGUCUGUGCUGGGCGUCUUUGUUUUUACCAUGGUGCUUUUAACACGUAGAGAAAGCUUUUGUAUUUGCAGCUGGUGGAGUUCGCUGUCUCCCUUGAUGCACAGCAGUAAGCGAUUGGAAACAUCUGUGGGAGGUUUGUGUCCUUCAGAAGACUUUCCAGGGCCAUCAAGGUGGGAAAUUAGGCACUAGCCCGCCGUGCUGCCUGCAGGAAACACUUGUGGGGCUGGAUGCGGCCACACAGGAUGCAACAGCUGCCUUCCCUCCUGCUCCAGACUCGGGGCUGACUGGUUUAAAUCCGUCCCUGCAUCACUGGAUCACCCUCCAGGUAAGGAUGUGACAGCUG